AAAUACGGCUGCUCUAGUCUCGCGAGACUCCCACUGGGACAUAUUAUGAGAACAACGUUCGCUUGACGUGUUUGCGAGCAACAACACAACAGCAUGGCCGAGAGUACUGGUACAAUUUAUAAUGCACCCUCCAACCUUAAAUCCAAACUGUGGAAGAAUUUUGGAUUUUUAAAGAAAGAUUGCAAGUUGGACAAAAGUUUGGCCAUUUGGAAACUGUGUAAAGGUGCAAUUAAAUACACUGGUAGCACAACCAGUCUCAGCACUCACCUGUUAAGAAGGCACGGAGACACCAGCGCGGGCGACGAGGGAUGUGUGGAUGCUAGUAGUAGCAAAGCUAGCGUGAGCAAGAACGCACAAGACAAAAGCACUGGUUUAAAAAAGUUCUUCCAACUCAGCCACAACUCUGCGAGGUCCAAGGUAAUAACGGCAUCUAUAACCCGUUUCAUUGCCAAGGACUUAAGACCCUACAGUGUCGUUGAAAGUGACGGAUUUCGCGACAUGAUAAACACGCUAGACCCGAGAGCAAAACGUCUUAAGCACUUUGAGGCAUCUGAUGAAGACACAGCACUACUCAUCACUGAGAUGAAGAAGGCGUUUAACAAUGACUUUGAGAAGCGGUACACCCACCUCCAUGACUUCCUCUACACUGCAUCUGCUCUAGACCCUUGCUUCAAAAUGUUGCCAUUCCUGAGUGACCAUGAUGCUGGGAAGAUCUUCACAAGUAUGUCAGUUGAAGCUGCAGCUCUGCAUAACAAGAUCCAGCUCAGAGAAACAGUGUACAUGGAGAUCAAGACAACAGCAUUUGUUGCUCCACGGAGCCAGCUGGUGGCUGGAGUAUUCAGCACUGCAGGAGACAUUGUUUCUGCACAGCACAAUGUACUGUGA